CCUCGACCUCAGCAACCCCCGCCUGCAAGGUCCUAUCAGAGCCCGACUUCACACUACUCACGACCUUCUCAGUCGUACCAGCGCCACAUGCACACCAAUUCUCAUCCAAGAACGACACAUUACGACGGUCGCCAAAACGGUUCGUAUGGUCAGCGUUCAUGGAACGGCCCUCAGCAGGGAAUUGGACCACAUGGUUCUACUCAUGGCCAACAGCAAGGCAUUCCUGCGGAUUCUAUGCCCCUGCAGCUUAGUCGCGGCGGUAUGCAUCUCUACAACUCCAGACGCGACCCCCAGUUCUCCCCCGAGGAAAUCAGCGCCCAGGCUUCUCUCCUUGACCGGCUUUGUUUUGAGGUGGUUUCCAACUCUGAGAUCGAGAGAUCCGAGAUUGCGGAGAAGGAGGCCUUCCGUUGCCGUAUCGAAGCCAUCAGCCAAGAGGCCAUUGCCCGUUGUGAGAAAGAGCAAAACCCAGAAGCAGAGUUCGAUCCACUCUCGGUCCAACUUAAAUGCUUUGGCAGUCUGUCCUCGGGGUUUGCUACGAAGGCCUCCGACAUGGACCUUGGGCUGUUAUCCCCAAUGUCCCCAAUCCAACCUGAUGCUCCCGGCUCUCAGAUCCCACGCUUACUAGAAAAAGCCUUCUUGGAUGCCGGCCUGGGUGCCAGAUUAUUAACCCGCACUCGAGUCCCUAUCAUCAAGCUUUGCUCAGAUCCGCCCAAGAAGCUACGACAAGAUCUUCUCGAAGAGCGCUUCAAAUGGGAAAACGGACUUGACGAGACUCAGGAAGAUGACGAGCAUGAUCACGACAAUGAUCAGACCGGUCUUAAUGGUCUUGAAACCAAGACGUCGACGUCUCUCGAGGUCACUUCGCCAACCUCUUUGACAGCAGAACCUCAGAAUUUCGAUAUCAAACAGGGCCCCAAGAAUACCCUCGCCUCGUAUUACGGUUUGGCAAAGCGCGUUCUCCGUAGAGCGGGUGGUCGCGAUGUCACGGUGUCCAACUAUCGCGAUCUUGCAGAUCAGGACUGGGACAUUCUGAACCGGGUUUGCAAGGCCUUCGUCGCUGGCCUCUCGGAUCCGCAACUUCGAGGCCGAUUAGCCAGAUACCCAUCUCUCACCUUUGAAUCCGUCGAUAAUGGGCAAUCCAACCGGUCCCUUCUCGGCGUUUAUACUCAAAUCGAGGGUGAGCAGAUCCGGCAACUUUGGGAGGAGAGGGGUGUCCAGGAGCGAGCCCAACAACCUCGUGUUCUCGCUGAGCUAGCGAUGGAAGUCUGGGAAGAGACUCAAAAGAAUUUGAACUUCGGCAUCGACCCUGUUUUCUACACCAAGCAGCUUCAGCUGGCUCUUGAGAAGAUGAAAAGGGCGCCUUCAGUGCAGUUUGUGACCCUGGAGCAAACGCAACACGAAGCACCCAUUGUCUACUCUGCUCGAGCCCUGAGUAUAACCAAUGCUCUACGGCCAGUGAACGAGCUCGCAGCCUCAGACUGGACCCGUCUGGUGGUCACUCAGUACUUGAACGGCAUCCAUCAAGAGGAAAUUCGAAAGACUAUAACGGAUCACAUCGCAUCACGGGCAGAGGACAUCCCAAUCAGAGCCGUCAUCCGUAUGCACAAGGCCAUCCAUCUGGCAUGGGAAUUCGAGCGAGCGAUAGAGAAGGAUAUUUACGACGAGUCCGUGAUCCCGGAUAUCAAAGAGUACAUCGCCCUCCUCCGAGCCCCCUUCCAACAGUCAGACGAAUCUUCUACGAAUACCGACUUCAUCAUUCCUCUUACACCUGCAACCUCUAGUCUGGUAGCGAGAAUCAAGGCCCUCCCCGACCCUCACAAGCUAGCCCCCAACCAGCCGCGUGACCGAUACCGCGAUCGCCUAGAGUUCCCUAAGACGGGCGCAGGUGUGCAAUGUGAUAUCAACUUUUCGGCUCACUUGGCUCUGCACAACACGGCGCUCUUGCGAUGCUACUCUCUCACGGACCCACGGGUGCGACCAAUGGUCCUAUUCGUCAAGCACUGGGCGAAAAUGCGUGGAAUUAACUCUGGAUACCGUGGAACUCUGAGCAGCUAUGGCUAUGUGUUGAUGGUACUUCACUACCUAGUCAACGUCGCAGAGCCCUUUGUCAGUCCCAAUCUUCAACAACUGGCUCCUCCACUCCCACGAGGGCUGUCGCCUGCCGAGCUGGAGAAAGCAACACUAUGCCGUGGUCACGACAUCCGGUUCUGGCGCAACGAAGAGGAAAUACUGGGUCUUGCUCAGGCAAAUCAACUAAAUCACAACAACGCAACAAUCGGUCAUCUUCUCCGUGGCUUCUUUGAGUACUAUGCUCAUAGUACGAUGCUGAGCACCUUAUCAAGCCGAGGUUUCGAUUGGGGCAGAGACGUUCUCAGUUUGCGUACACCAGGCGGGUUGCUGACCAAACAAAACAAGGGCUGGACAGGUGCAAAGACUGUCAUAGUGCUAGAUGCGCAAGGGGCCGGUCCUCACCCUCCACCACAAACUGAAAAAACGUCUACACCGGUAACUGCCCCCAAAGGGCAAGUCACAUCUGACGAAGGCGUGCAGUCCAAGCAAGUGAACACAGCAAACAAGAACAACGAGUUCAAGGAAAUCCGGCACCGGUAUCUAUUUGCUAUCGAGGACCCCUUCGAGCUGGACCACAACGUCGCUCGAACUGUCACACACAAUGGUAUUGUAUCUAUCCGAGAUGAGUUCCGGCGUGCAUGGAAAAUCAUCCGAUCGGCUGGG